AUGAAUGUUCUUCGCAGUGCUGGUACUCUAUUGGGAUCCGGGUACAAGGCGCUAUGGAGAUUUACUCCGUUGGUUGGAGAUGUUAACCUAGUAGGUUCAUUCAUAUUACACAAAGGAUCUUUUGAAGGAAUGCAUGGACUCAACAACAUAGUUAUAAUGAAAACUCACAUUCCAUUGCUUACUGAGGGAAUACUGUAUAAUAUUAAAGACCUUCAAGAAUUCAAAUUGGGGGAAGUCAAUAUAUCUAAGAUAGAGAAGAAUGCUGUUUUAAUAGAUUUGAAGCAGUUGGGAAGCAAAGCAGAAAUUCUUCAAAGCAAGAUUGGAAUUGUUGAAGAAAGGGGUUUGCAAAUUGGAAAUGGUUCUUCCAUCAUUCUGCAAGAUACAGAAAUACACAAGGCAGAAAAGAACAGCAUUAGACUCGGAGCUCUUAAGACUUUCAAAAUGAAAGGCAACAAAUUCCAGCCUGAGGUUGAUAUUGAAGCUGCAAAAAUUAUAUACAAAAACAGCAUUGAGUUUUCAAUGAAUAUUUUAUUAAAUGUAGACCUUUCAGAUGUUGCUAAUAUUGCACAUAUGCCUGAAAAUGAAACCAUUUUCACAUUAGACAGACUAGUUACUUUACAUGGUGGAAAUUAUGUUAAUUGUAAAUGUAUAAAUCCUACAUCGACUCCUUCAGAAUCACUGAAGCAGAACCGUUGUGUUAAUGGUUGUUCUAAAGCAACUGUAGAAUCAUUUUUGCAGAGUUGUCAAAGCAACAAUGCAGUAUCUGUGGAAGACAGGCUAAAAAUGCUCUGCAAGAACACUGUCGACAGUUCUACUACCACAGCAAUUCCUCAAACACCUCCAACACACAAAAUCACAUCUCCACUACCCACAAAAGGUUCAUCUGGGAAAAUGUCUUUUUAUGUUCUAAUGCCUUUUGUAUUCUUCUUCUUUCAUUUGAUGUUGUAGAUACUAAUGGUAAAAUAAAUAAGCCAGAUGGAUUAGAUUAUUUUCCUAUGUUAAAUAUUUUUUUGAACUGUUCAAUAAAAUUUUUGUUACAAAAGGCACUUCAGUAGUUUUUGUAUCAAAUCCUGAAUUUCAGAUCCUUUUUUAGUAAAUUGUGCAUUCAUAUUUUUUUGUACAUGGUCAUAGACUGAAAUUAACAUCAAGCCUCGAAAAAUAUACAAUUUAUAUUAAUAAAAUAAUUUUUUACAAGAGAAUAAAGUUUUGGUUACAUUUUUUGAGAUUAAAAGAUACUCGUAAAUAAUUCCCCACAUUAAUUUCAUUGAAGAUUUGCUUUAAAGACCUUCAUUUUAAUGGUCAAAAGUUUUCCUUUUGAACAAGAUGAAAUUAGCAAAUGUAGUUAAAGGAUUCAUAGUUGUCCUGAUAUUUUUAUUCUUCUUUAAUUUAUGAAGUUUGUGAAGACAGGUGCAACAGACUGAAGUUGAAAUGGGCUGGAAGCUUCUCAAAGUUAACCAUGAAUUUGUUUCAUAAACUUAAUUUCCAUGUGUACAAACUAGAUCAAAAUAGUUUUUUUUUUU